CUAAGUGGGUUCUCUUCGAUUUGUGAUAUUGAUUGUGCAUAUACUGAAUUUGUCACAAAACUUCGCAACCGCCUCAACAAACAUCUCAAUGUGUCACAUAGUUUCCAGUAGGGGUGUUUGUGGUGCGAUUUGUCCAAAACUGCAACCAAACUGCAUGUGUGGUUUAAGCAUUUUUCCAAACCUUACAUGUCUUAAACCACAAAAUGUGUGGUGUGAUGCCAUUUAUACCGUUUAAACUUAAAUAGAAUACUUCAACCUUUAUCUGGAGUAUUUAAUUUAGUCGGUUUUUCAGUACUUGUGAUUGGAGUUUUUGACCCGUCAUUUCAAAAAAAAAAAAAAAACAGUAAAGUUGAUUAUUGUAACUUGAAGUGUGGAAUGAUUCUUUAUCACGUCUUUAAUUUGACCAACGAAUUUGAACGGGCCGAGCCCCUAACGGGUCUUCUACCAACACCAUAAAUAACCUCAUUUCACAAACGAACUCAUCCACACUCAGUUCAUCAGAACUUAUAAUCUUUCGAACUCGCUUCUCUCUAGCUAUAUAAAAGAAUCAAAACUUUUUUAACGUUAAACAUAUAUUAUAAAUCAUGUCUUCUGAGGAAGCACCACGGUUGCCUUUGCAACGACCAUCAUAUGGAAACCUGAUCACGAUCCUAAGCAUCGAUGGAGGUGGAGUACGAGGAAUCAUUCCAAGCGUCAUCCUUAACUUCUUAGAAACCGAACUUCAGAAAUUAGACGGCGAGAAUGCACGGCUAGCAGAUUACUUUGAUGUAAUUUCUGGGACAAGCACCGGAGGCCUCGUGUCAGCGAUGUUAACCGUCCCCAACGAAGAAAACCGUCCCCUUUUCGCAGCUAAGGACAUAACCAACUUCUACCUUGAACAUUGUCCUAGGAUCUUCCCACAUGAUAGCAAUCCAUUUGGUCAUGCUGAAAAGGUGAUCAGAGCUCUAACUGGACCAAAGUACGAUGGUGUAUAUUUACAUGAACUUAUUCAAGAAACAGUGGGAAACAUAAGACUCCAUGAAACCUUGACCAAUGUUGUGAUCCCAACAUUUGAUAUCAAACGUAUGCAGCCCACCAUCUUCUCAAGUUAUCAGCUGAAGAAAAACCCGAGCCUGGAUGCGAUGCUAUCGGAUAUAUGCAUUGGAACAUCGGCUGCGCCAACUUAUCUUCCUUCCCAUACGUUUGAAACCCAAGAUUCUGAAGGGAAAUUGUUGGGGGAAUUCAAUCUUAUCGAUGGAGGGGUGGCUGCGAAUAAUCCGACUUUGGUUGCGAUAAGUGAAGUGACACAAGAGAUAACUGGAGGUAGUAUCGAUUUCUUUCCGAUAAAACCAACAGAAUAUGGGCGUUUUCUGGUUUUGUCAUUAGGGACGGGGUCGCCGAAAUAUGAAGAGAAGUAUGACGCUAAUACGUCAUCUAGUUGGGGCGUUUUUGGGUGGUUGGCUAGUAGUGGCUCGACUCCCUUGAUAGAUGUAUUUACUCAAUCGAGUGGUGAUAUGGUCGAUUAUCAUAUUUCUACCGUCUUCCAAGCCCUGCAUUCGGGAGAGAAUUACCUUCGUGUUCAGGAUGACACUUUGAGCGGAGAUCUGGCUUCAAUGGAUCUUACAACCGAAAAGAACUUGGAAGAUCUCGUGAAUGUUGGCGAGCAGUUGUUGAAGAAACCGGUGUCGAAGGUGAAUUUGGGGACGGGUAUAUACGAACCUUAUCGUUGCACUACCAAUGAAGAAGCUCUAAUAAGGUUCGCAAAAAUACUAUCAAAGGAGAAGAAUACGAGAGAAGUUCGGUCACCAAGUACGAACAACGGUCCACAAAUCCCAAAUGAAUUGAUCUCAAACAACGGUCAGCAUAAGCCUAUGCUUACGAACGCGAUUUCUUACUCUCUUCCGCACUUGCAGCAACGAUAACUUACCUGAUGAUAAACAACGGUCAGCGAAAGCCUAUGCUUACGAACACGAUUUCUUACUCUCUUCCGCACUUGCAACUUGCAACAACGAUAACUUACCUGAUAUUGCCGUUAAAACCAAACCAAAUGAAACAAGAAAAUCGUAGAUGAGACUUUGUUACUCUUAUAUACAAUUAAGUGCUAAUAAUGUGGU